AUGAAUAAAUUAGGUCCGUUAUUGAUUACAUUACGUGCUAGAUUUAUCGGUCGAUCGUCACCACCAUCCAUUCCUGUUAGUUUCGAAUGUUCAAAAGUCGACUCAAUACCUUAUACUCUACCAUUUGGUAUACUUAAGUUACUUGCUGUUACAACUUCAUCAAUCGGACUUGGUGCAUUUUUAGCAAAAGAAGCGGCACAAUUCUUAAAGAGUAAUAAACUGUAUGUUCCAAAGGAAGAUGAUUAA